AUGUUUCUUGCUAUUAUUCUACUCUCUGAAGUCGCACUCAUGCUAGGUGACAUCGCAAACGGGACAAUCGUUGAAGGGAUCGGCAACGAUGCGCUCGCUUUGUUUACCUUAGUAAUGGUCAGCUGUAUAGCAUGUAUCAUCAGCUAUUUCAUGAGACAAACCAGAGUUGCUCAGAUCCAUCCGGACCUGGCUGGAGAUGUUCAGGGAUUUCGAGAUUCCUUCGCCCGAGGUCACAGCGGUCGAGUGAAUGACACUAGGCGGGUAGAAGUAGAACGCCCCGAUGCAGUUCAUACGUGUCCCAUCUGCUACGACAACGCCCUCUUCCCUACACUUACUAACUGUGGUCAUGUUUUUUGCUGUGAAUGCAUAAUGGGCUACUGGAGACAUUCUUCUUCGUUGGUUUCUCCUGUGAAAUGCGCUAUUUGUCGCACUGAGAUCACGGUUCUCCUCCCUGUUAAUUGGCCGGUUGAUGAGGAAAACAGUCGUCUCCGAGAGAACAACAUUGGUCUGAACGACUACAACAGAAGGUUUUCCGGAGAUCGACCUGUUCGUUGGUUUUUCAGGAUUACAGUCGUCUUUGUGGCGUGCUUAGGUGAUUUGUUGUUACAGUGGCUGGAGUAUCUAUGGGAUUUGCCGGUGUUGAUUCCUUAUGUAAUACGAAGUCUUUUCGACUUUAACGGUCUUAUGAUUAUGUUCAGGUUGAGAGUGGUCUUCAUCGCUCUUGGCAUAUUCGCCUACGUUCUAUCUCCAUUCGAUAUAAUACCUGAAUCGGCCUAUGGACUGAUUGGCUUGAUAGACGACUUGUUCGUAGCCGUCUUGCUGUUAGUUUAUAUAGCAAUCGCUAUUCGCCAUGUUAUGGCUCGACGAGGUGAAGUCCCACAAGAGUGA